AUGUGCACGGGCAACCUCUUCCAGAACAACUACCUGGACGGGGCCUCAAUCGGCGUAAGGUUUUCCGAGACCCGCGACAAUAUGGUGAUAGGGAACACCAUGGUCGGCGUCGGAGAGUCUCUCAUCGAUGACUCUGACGGCCUCGUGUGGUCGGUGAGAGCGAGUUUUCUUUUCUGGAGUAUGUGUGCGUCUCGUAUUCUGCUGGUUGUACUUGUACAUAGUGUGUUGGAAACAACCCGCCCGACAACCUGUGGAUAAGCGAGGGCGUGCGCUCCUUGGGCGAAGAAGCAGCGAGGCAAGCAUGUGGUGGGUCAGAGGACAGUUUUGUGCAUUAUCUCAUGCGUGGAGAUGAAAGUAUCGUAUGCAUAGCUGUCGUUGUACACCACCCCGGAUUCUCAAAGCUCGAUCGCUCCACGAAGAAGAGGAUGUACAGAUCAAACAAUACGCUUUGGGAGAGCUCUCUCUCGACCAUGCGGUGCCAACGCCGCCAUUGACGGCACGGCUACUAUUUCUGCCUUGGCGUAAUGUAGUCGAGCUUUGAAGAUCGAUCCAGGGGGUGUGAUAUCUUACGUCAUGUCAUGUACAGUGAGGUAGAGUGAGUAGUUGCCUGAGGGAAGUUUCUCACCCGUGUCGGGGUGUAGUUGGAGGAUGACUCUUGUCGUGAUUUUUCUGGUGUCGGGAGUGUUUUGCGAAGGGGUCGUCGGGCCGACAGGAGGACGAACGAGUGGGAGACGUCGACACCAACAAGUUGCCACAGGGUGCCGAGUGAUGGUCUACGCCCGUGUUUUGCGAAUGUAUUAGUGCGGCCGGAGGGGUCGGACGCGCAUGCGUUGGAAGGUGUUUACACUUGACCUGUGGACAUUUUUU